AUGCCCCAACCAGGGAGCCCACUCCACCCUUGCCCCGGUCCCUUGCCCCAAGCAGGGAGCCCACUCCGUCCUCGCACCGGUCCCAUGCCCCAACCAGGGAGCCCAGUCCGCCCUCGCCCCGGUCCCUUGCCCCAACCAGGGAGCCCACUCCGUCCUCGCACCGGUCCCAUGCCCCAACCAGGGAGCCCAGUCCACACUCGCCCCUGUCCCAUGCCCAACCAGGGAGCCCACUCCACACUCGCCCCUGUCCCAUGCCCAACCAGGGAGCCCACUCCACACUCGCCCCGGUCCCAUGCCCGACCAGGGAGCCCAGUCCACACUCGCCCCUGUCCCAUGCCCAACCAGGGAGCCCAGUCCGCCCUCGCCCCGGUCCCUUGUCCCAACCAGGGAGCCCAGUCCACACUCGCCCCUGUCCCAUGCCCAACCAGGGAGCCCACUCCACACUCGCCCCGGUCCCUUGCCCCAACCAGGGAGCCCACUCCACACUCGCCCCUGUCCCAUGCCCAACCAGGGAGCCCACUCCACACUCGCCCCUGUCCCAUGCCCAACCAGGGAGCCCACUCCACACUCGCCCCGGUCCCAUGCCCGACCAGGGAGCCCACUCCACACUCGCCCCGGUCCCAUGCCCAACCAGGGAGCCCAGUCCGCCCUCGCCCCGGUCCCAUGCCCAACCAGGGAGCCCACUCCACACUCGCCCCGGUCCCAUGCCCAACCAGGGAGCCCAGUCCGCCCUCGCCCCGGUCCCAUGCCCAACCAGGGAGCCCACUCCACACUCGCCCCGGUCCCAUGCCCAACCAGGGAGCCCACUCCACACUCGCCCCGGUCCCAUGCCCAACCAGGGAGCCCAGUCCGCCCUCGCCCCGGUCCCAUGCCCAACCAGGGAGCCCACUCCACACUCGCCCCGGUCCCAUGCCCAACCAGGGAGCCCAGUCCGCCCUCGCCCCGGUCCCAUGCCCAACCAGGGAGCCCAGUCCGCCCUCGCCCCGGUCCCAUGCCCAACUAGGGAGCCCACUCCACACUCGCCCCGGUCCCAUGCCCAACCAGGGAGCCCAGUCCGCCCUCGCCCCGGUCCCUUGUCCCAACCAGGGAGCCCACUCUACACUCGCCCCGGUCCCAUGCCCGACCAGGGAGCCCACUCCACACUCGCCCCGGUCCCAUGCCCAACCAGGGAGCCCAGUCCGCCCUCGCCCCGGUCCCAUGCCCAACCAGGGAGCCCACUCCACACUCGCCCCAGUCCCAUGCCCAACCAGGGAGCCCAGUCCGCCCUCGCCCCGGUCCCAUGCCCAACCAGGGAGCCCAGUCCGCCCUCUCCCUGAUCUCUGA